AUGGUCUCACUGAAAAUAAAUGAAAUUUUGCUUCUGAUAUCGUUGUUAAAUGCAAUCGAGGCUUACAGUAACGAUACAACAUAUUCCCGCUUAUAUAGUAGUGAAAUAGAGAUUGGAACUUCAUAUUUAACAAGCACGGCAUUCAAUUCGAGAUCUAGCAACAAUGAAAAUUCAAUAACAUCGAGCCCUGAAACAACCACAUUGGCUGGCCAAUAUAGUGAAAGUGCAAGGGUAGCAGUGAAUGAAGAACAAAGCACCGGUACGCCACAUCAGUAUUCAGGUGCGCUGACAACAUCGCAAGACGCUGAUUCGACCCUGUCAACGCAAAGAUCUACGGAAAAAGCAAUACCUAGUAGUAGUGAAGUCCCCACGCCUACGAAUUACUAUAGUGGAACAUCACUAUUUUCACAAACAUUGGAUGACAAUUCAAAGUCUAUCUUAGAGUCGAGUAAUGAGGUAACAUCUUCUGGAUUUUUAACAGGCAUAAUAAUAUCCACAUCAGAUGGAACAGCAGUACCGGGAAAGAUAAAUCCAACAUUUUCUUCGCUUUCCAAAGAAGAAAGCACAUCGUCUCAAGAUUUUAGCUAUAAUGAUGCAGACACGACGACAGAAAUGAUAUCCGGAGUUUCAUGGCUUCCCAGCGCAGCAACGGCCACAAGAACGGACAGUUUUACUAGUGGAUUAGUACGAACUGAGUUUACUAGUGCAUUAUCAAGGAUUUCACAGCCUUCAAGCAUAAAGCCAACCACAUUAGUGGAUAGUUUUAGUAUGGGAUCAGUGCAAACGCAACUUGCUAGUACAAUAUCAUCUGAAGUACCAACCGAAGAAGAAUAUAUAAUAAGCGAAUUAGAAAUUUCUGAAAAUUACGAUUCAAGUCUAGCCAUCUACCUUAGCGCAGCGUUAAUUGCAGAGAAGAAAUCUAGCUCUCUCAUUAUCAAUCUUUUAUCUUCUUAUAGCAAACCAAUUUCAACUCAAACUUUCCUCGCCAGUCACACAGGGAAUCGCAUACUAACGGCGUCUACGGUAUCACAUCCUUCUAGCAUAACAUCAACAACAUUAGUGGAUAGUGUUAGCAGCGGAUCACCCCAAACUCAACUUAUCAACGUAAUUUCAAUAUCAUCUAAAGUAUCAACUGAUGAAUAUACCGUAAGUGACCUCGAAUUCCCUAUCAACUAUGGCUCAAGUGCCGGCAACUAUCCUGAUCAGGAGUUGAUUGUGAAUUCUCCAUACACUUAUUCUACUAACAAAGCAUCUUCGCUGAUAACUCAAAGUACACGCAUUGAAUCUAAUCCAAUUAUGGAAUCUUCUAUAUCCACGACAAAAAUUCUGUUCAGCAGUAUAUCCCAUACCAAAACUUCAACUUCAGCCUUUAAAACAAUGUCAUUCGCAUCGAUUCAUUCAUUUAGCUCUGUUCCUUCUCCGUUAGACUCGGUCGCAGUAUCUUCUAGCCGCACGUCCUUUCCAAAUGGGAUUGCUCCAUCAUCACCAUUGGCUUCUGUUGUUGUACCUUCUAGCCAUACGUCCUCUCCAAAUGAGGUUUCUUCAUCACGACCAACCUCCGCCGCUAUAUCUUCCACCUAUCUGUCCUCUCAAAAUAGAUUCCCUCCAUCAUCACCAUUGGCUUCUGUUGUUGUACCUUCUAGCCGUACGUCCUCUCCAAAUGAGGUUUCUUCAUCACCACCAACCUCUGCCGCUAUAUCUUCCACCUACCUGUCCUCUCCAAAUGGAGUCGCUCCACCAUCACCAUUGGCUUCUGUUGUUGUACCUUCUAGCCGUACGUCCUCUCCAAAUGAGGUUUCUUCAUCACCACUGGCUUCUGCUGCCGUGCCUUCUGCUUACAUAUCACUUUCAUCUGAUUACACUCUUGAAUUUUCGUCUGUGGAUUAUUCAACAACAUCAGUGGUACCAGCAAUUCCAGUACAUAGUCCAUCCCUCGGGAUUACAAAUUCGUUACAACAGACUUCCCUUGCGAUUCAAAAUAUUGUAUCUGAGUUCACUUCUGCAAGCUCAACUUUUAGUCAGGAAACAUAUCCGAGCGCAAUUUCUGUUGUCAGCAUGAGCUCUUCUACUUCCAAUCUGUUUGAAACUUCUCAGAUGUUUUUAUCAACUCAGCUAACCCCAACAUACAAUACCAACUUGCUCGCAAGUAGUACGCCUCGUAGGCUUAUAUCUACCAAUGCGAAAGCUUCUUACGAGGUCACUACGCAGAAUAUUGAGAGUAGCAGUACAUCCACAAUGGUAUCAAAUUUCCCGUACUUCUCUUCUUCGGCGGAUAAAGAAAAGUUUUCAACAAUUCCUAAAAUGACUAUGGUAAUUUCAAGUGGCAUACAGGCACAUUCUAUAUAUGCAUCAAGUUCCCAUCAUUCAUCGACUGGAAUAUCAAUUGGUGUUCUCGACUCAUCAAAAACCUCAGGGUUAUUCGCAUCUUCGUUGGACCACGCUCCCCCCUCAACAUCUUCAGCGAAUCAUCCAGGAAAGACAGCAUCUACCGGAAAAUCUGCUUCAAGCACACAAGAAAGUUCCAAUAGUAUUAAAUUUGCAUCACAACCCAAUAGCCAGUUUAGAAACUCUGAAGUAAGGAGUACUCUGAGUACGGGAAGCAAUGCCCAUUUCUCAUUUACUUCAUCACUUCCCGCAAACUCCAAAGUUAAUUCGGAAAAUUCAUCCAAAAAGGGAAAAACCAUAACCGACAAUGAUGAAAAAACUAGUUCCGCAACAAGAAAGACACAAAACAGCGGCUUGUCUAAAACCAGUGAGUCGUACUCUCGGCCAUCUACGAAAAUCUCAACUGGAACGAUUACCACUGCUGUACAGACUCAGGUGAUUUCAAAUUUAGAAUCUCCCACUCCUGUCUUAUCCAUAUAUUCCACAAAUUUGGAUUCAUCUUCGAAUAGCUAUGCAUGGUUGCCUACUGCUAUUAUUGUGCAAUCUUCCGAAACAGACACAUCUACAACAUUAUUUAACCCAACAAUCACUGGAUCGCUUCCAAAUUUAAUUGAACCUGCUGUUACUGCAUCGGAACCUAUCAACCACACUUUAAUUACCGUUGGGUUCACUGCUGCGUUAAAUUAUGUAUUUUUGGUUCAAAAUCCAUUAUCUUCGGCACAAAUUUUCAACUUUUUACCGCUUGUUUUAAAAUAUCCAUUCUCUGAUACCUCGUCGGGAGUGGAGAGUAGUAACGGAGAAUUGUCUAGUUUUAUUCUCUCAUACCGAUCUGGAACCAGUACAACUACCCUUUCUCCUCAAUCUAAGUCAUCAUUAUCCAUUGUAAGAAAAAAAAAAAAAGGAGAUAAAGAAAAGCCCCCCACGUCAACCAUGGAUUUAUACUUUCCAUCCAUUAACGCCUCCUCAAUAGCUGUCAAGCAAAUUGUUCCCAUGAUGGACUCAUCCAAAGCAUAUAUUAUAGCAGUUGCAGAGGUAUAUUUUCCAACAGAAGCUGUAUCAUAUCUUCAGGAGUUAAUCCUAGAUGUGAAUUCCACUCUUUAUAAUAAUCCCCAAUCCCCACUGAGAACUUUGGCUGGCCUAAUAGAUAACAGUAUUCCAUUAGGAAGUUUAACAUUGUAUAGCUCUGGAAAUGAAGGACAUGUCUCUAGUCUAUUUCCAUCAGGUGUGUUAGAUUCUUCAAAAGAAAAUUCAAAAGGGAUAGUGGCAACUUACAAGUACGGUGCUUUGGACGAUUUUACCAAUUCAUUCACAGAUUCUGCGCCUGGGUGGAGCUAUGCUGCAAGAACUAUAGUCUUCCUGGCUAUUUUAACUAUUGGUGCACUCUUAUGGUUAUUGUUUGCGUUUUUCGUUUUCCAUUACAGGAAUAUACUAUUGAAAAGAUAUCCCAAGGACUGCAUUGAGAAAAGCCUCGGUAAUGAAAGAAAAUUUGACAGUACUGCACUUUCCCGCUCAUCUUCUGGCAAUCAAAUAUUUAACGAAAAACCAUCUGGAUCUGAGAAUGAAAGCGUUCACUCAGUCACAGAUGACCAUUAUAUUAUAACUGGCGAAAACACAGUUUACAGUACUACUCACGGUUUACAUUAUACUAUUAACGAUGAUGGUGAUUUAUUUUACAAAGAAGCAACAUUAAAUGACCUUGAGGAGACGGCUGAAAGAGAAGACUCAGGGAUAGACAGUAUUCUAAGAGACUGCGUAUAUGAUGAACACCAGGAAUCCACAGAAGCGUAUUUGAAUGACGAAGAGUCAAUAUCAAGUAUUGUAGACGUUGACGAAAAUGGUAAUAUUAGGUUAUACGACAGUUAUUCAGACGAUGAAGAACCAAACAGUUUUUACCUGCCAAAUGAGGUUAUCGAAGAAUAUAACAAUAAUAAUGUCUACAAAAUCAAACAUAAUACACCGGAGACUGGGUCCUGUACUACGGAUGAUCCAGAAGCCGGAAAUAUGAUUACAAACGAGUUCUCUUCCAGCAGCCAGACAUGUUUACCGAGUACCACUUAUACUACACCGCUUCAUACGAAUUCGAUUAAACUACAAACAUUGCGUUACUCCGAAAUUUCACUAUCACAACCAAAUAAGGCUCUUUUUUCUAACCACGAAGAUCUGGAGAUAGACGAUAUUGAUGACAACGGUAGUGUUUCUGACAUACAAAUUGAGGAGUUGGAUGCCUUAGAUGAGGAGCUUUACAAAAGAAUAUCAAAAAUUGCAAAACAACAGAAUCUUUAA